CCAGGUGGGCGUGACAUCAGAGUGUGUUACAGCAUGGGCUCGGCUGCGCUUCUGCGGCGGCUGCUCGGGCGACGAGACGCCAGCCUGCAGCCGCUACUGUCACAACGUCAUCCGCGGCUGUCUGCCUGCACACGCCGAUUUGGGCGAGCAGUGGGAUGCGUAUGUCGAGGCCGUCGACAAGGUAGCUGACCGGCUCCUCGGCCCGUUCAACAUCGCCAUGGUAGUCGAACCCAUCGACAUCAAGAUCUCGGAGGCCAUCAUGAGUUUCCAGGAGCACAACCAGGAGAUCUCACAGAAGAUCUUCGCAGGCUGCGGCAAACCGGUUCUCGGCGGCGGAGGCGGCGCUGCCGGUCCUUUCUUCGCGCCAGACCGGGCCCGCCGGUCGGUCCGAUCGAUACCGGACUUCGAUUGGAAUCCGAAGGCGAAUGACGUGGAUGAUUUUGAGGUGGAGGCUUCGUUUGAGAGCGUGUUGAACGAUGACCCGUCCCUUCUUGGGUUGAAGUCGUCCGCUGCGAUCAAGAAAGCCACGGAAGAGAUGGCCGAGCAAGCCAAGUUGAGGGAACGUUUUCUGCAAUACAUGCGCGGGCAUAUUGACUUGGAGCAGUACGAGGAGUAUGAGGAGCACGACCGUACUCGCCGGGAGGCCGAACCGGGCCCGGAGGCGGCGCCGGCGCCGGCCGGCUCGGAAAUUGACUUCAGGACGUUUGAGUUCGAUGGCAAGAGGGGCUCCAAGAAGAAGAAGACGUCUGCUAAGACCGAUGAUGUUCACGGUUCAGAAUGGGGAGGCGUGGCGUUGGAGCGAUUAGUGCGAGAGACGCGCGCGCGCCUUCGCACGUGGCGGCGCUACUGGAGCCAGCUGCCGGCUUUGUUAUGUACUAGUGUCAGCAUCACGUCUGCACCUUGCUUCAAUGGGAGCGCUGUUGGCAGCUACAGCGUAGCACCAGCAGGAGAAGGCACAGCGGCACUAGCGUCCAACCCGGAGGUACGCGGCGCGGCGCUGGCGGCCGGCGGGGCCGCGGCGCGCGCUCAGACCGAGCGCUUGCGAGCGCUGACCGCGCAUAUGAAAGAUGCUUACAAUGGGGUGGAGGUGCAGUGGAGGGAUACUGACAGUCCACAGCUAUCACAGCCGCGGCAGGACUUCUUGGACGGCUCGGGUUCGGGCUCUGGCGACCGCGAGGACGACGACGACGGUGGCGACGACGACUUCGAGUACCCUGAGCCAGGUUCCGGUCACAUUCCACCAGAAUUCGACGACACGUCUGACACAGAAACAGAACAAAGCCCGGCGCCGGUCCCAGAAGCGCCUUUCGUGCCCGGCGUGGUCGAUUCGCCUCCAAACAGCAACGUCAACAUCCGCGGUCGAGCCGAGGAGCCGCCGGCGCCGGACGCCGCCGGUCCGGCGCCGGUGCCGGCACGGGACGAGCCCGUGGCCGGUUCCGCAGACCGACCGUCGCUAAGGCAAGCGCUGUUCACGUAUGCUCUGCCGGUUGUUUGCGCGUGGUUCGGGUCGAUAGUGACGGAUCUGUUCUAAAGGACUACGGUGUACGGAGUUAUGUGGAGUGAUCGGAUUUAAACAUUUAUCAAACGUUUGAUAGCAAAGGAUCGAUAAAAGCUGUUUGGAAAAAGGCCUUUAAUCGCAAAAAAGAAAUACGUCAGACUAGCUCCAGUAGAUAAUGACGAUUUAGUAUCUAAGACGAUGUAAUAAGAGUAAUUUCUCUUAUGUUGGACGCAUCAAAUAUUGAAAGAUACACUUUUAUAGUCAAGGUAUCUGAUGAUUGAAGUCAUAAAGAUGAUCGAACUAGUCUAUUGCACUAGCUAGAUAUAAAUUGAAAUCAAAAGAGAAAAUGGAAGAUUACUCCACAUAUUCAAACACGAUUUUUGGCUCGAAAUCUCCGUACAAACGACGUAGCGUUGUAGUUAGCCUAGUCAGAGCCCGGACAAGCCGCGCCACUGUGAUAUAGUUGAGUGACUUCGGAACUGGACGAACUAUCAACAAAUUAAUGUUUCGGUGAAGUGAUUAAGUUAUUUUACCAUACACGUGGACGACAAUAACAUUGGACUUAUUUUUGUGAUCGGCAACGUUGUUGUUACAAGAAAAAUUAUCAAUCAGCCAAAUUUACGUAUUUAUUAAAUUUUAAUGAUCUUUUCCUUUUGUAAAUAAUUGUAAAAUAUAAUUAAAUUAGAUAGUGAAUUUACGUUAAUCUUUCGUGGGUAUGUAUGAUGUAUGUGCGUUUUAUACGGUGUCUGCGAGUGAUGUCACACUAAUUUUAUUUUCAAGAAAUAUUUUUAUUUCUUUGAAAGCUUGUCUCUAAACGUUAUCGUCGUGAUGUCACCUAAGAUCGCAUUGAAUGUUUAUAAAUAAAUAAAUGUACAUAAAAUUAGACAUAGCGCUUAAACUUAAGAGACUGAUUUGCUUUCAAAUACAUGGUUUGUUUAAAAAUUUAUAGCUAUUUUUUCGAGUUAGGUUAUCGUCUAAUUUUUAAUCGACUGAUGUAAUACUAUGUAAUAAUAAUGCUUUUAGUUUAUUAUUAUGUUUAACGAUUGGGCGAUUUCUUGAUCAAUUAUAAUUUAUAACAAAACUAAAUGCCGGAUCGGAUAUCGAGUAUUUUAUAUUAACUUAUUUAAUUGAUUAAAUCGGUGCUUUCUAUGUAUUUAUCUAAAUAAUCCGGCGGCCAUAUUUGCUUUAAUUCGUUCUAAUCGCCCUUCGGUAGCACUUGUUAUUUAUAAAAACAAAUUUGGCUUCAGCUUUACUUUGCUAGUUUAAUAUUGUUUUAGAGAACAUUAUUCUAUUUUAUAUUAUUGGUUAAGCUAUGUGCUCCAGGCUAACUUUAAUACUGAUCAAAAUUAAAUACUGACAAAAAUCUUGAAACUCAUCGUAAGUAGUAUGACUACGAUUUUAAGUCGUAAUUUUAAAUCACACUAUAGGAACACGACCAUCAUAUCUUUUUUUACACGUAACGGUCCUUAACGCACUAAAGAAAAGAUCUUGUGAUCAUUGUAUUGCAGUUAGCUUGGAGACAUAAAGUUAGUUUAACACGCCGGGUGCUGUGUAGUCACUCAUUCAGAAUAUUGUUAUACCCAGUGUACGUAAUGGUUUGCCAUGAAGUAGAUAUGUUGUGUAAAGAAUUGGGCUCCAUUUUGAGGUUUUUUCUAACGCCUAAACUUUUAAUUAUAAGUAAACGAAUACACAACGUACAGAAGUUGAUUAUAAUAUUGAGAGUUUAGUGAAAAUCUCAGAAUUGGAUCUUUUGUUUAUUUGUGUUAUAGUCAAGUACGUUUUAGGCACUCUUGUUUUGACUAGUCAAUCAGAGUUCAUGGCAAAAUCACAUUAUAAAUCAACUAAUGGAACACUCAAUGGAAGUAUUUAGCACCAAGAUCUUGUUGCCAGCAGAUUUUUUGAGAAAUCAAUCAAUGACCAAUCAGAUUCUUUGGCGAUUACAUAUCGUACUUUGAAAAUUACAAAACCUGUAGGCUAUAAGGUCUUGGUAGGACUUCACUUUGUUUACGGUCUCGUCAAACUAGGAUGGAGUGGUCAUGUUUGUAUUCGGCUAUAAUUCGGAAAUAGUGUGAAAUCUGUAAGAAAUGAAAAUAUGUACAGUCACUAAGUGCUAGUAUAGUUGCGUAUAGAUGUUAUAGUCAGAUCAAGUUAUAAUGCAAAUAUGCAUAAAUACGCGCACAAUAAGAUAACUUGAUAUUUUUCCAGUGGGAUUCAGGACUAAAUAGUUUUCUAGGCCCGUAGAUUAUGCACUGAGUACCUAUAUCAAAUCAUGGUCAUAUUAAAGAUAUACCUUAGCACUAUUUAUAGAACAAAUUUGGCAAAAGGUAGAAUAAAUCGAGUCAUAGAGUAAGACAGCGACAUCCCUAUUUCUAAAGUUAUGUUCACACUUGCGGGGCGAGUUCCGUACAUGCGUUCUGUUAAAGGGACACGAGCUAAGUAAUAUAAAAGUAUAUUGAAGUUAUGUAUGAAAUACGAUGUUGCUGACUUAAUUUAUGUAUGACUCACAUGCUUGCAAUAAUAAUCGUGCGAGCUACGGGGACCAAACAAUUUUAUCAGUGCGAUGUGCCAUCUACUUUAGGGUAUGUAUGUAUACGUACAUAAACAAUACACGAUUGUACAUUCUGUGACACGUUUCAUUUGAACGUAAUUUAAGUAUGUGGUGAUAGGAAAUAUACCCUAUAUUGAUCAUGAUCAUAGUUGGGUUCAAUUUAGAGAUUGGUGUCACAGAAUGUGCAACUUGAAAAUAUUUAUUGUGUCCUUCGUUUCAAAUCGAGCACAAGAAUUAGAAUAUUUGAAAGCUGUAUCAUUGAAUGUAUAUAGUCAAAUAACUAUGUAUACUGGAUCAGUGUGUAGGAUCGUGCUUUUAUUUUUAUAUAUUUGAUGGAAUUUUGAUGUUUCAAAAUAAAUUAAAAAAAUUAAUGGAUUUGGACGUUGUAAAUAUUAUUUAGCUUGUUUAACAAAUUUAGAAAAGAAGACUUAGCUUCAUUUGCGAUAUUUUUUGUUUUUGAUACAUGGUUUACUCGUAAGAGAAUGUUAGAACAUAUUUUACCAAUAUUAUGGGGCAUAGACGAAGUUGUUAUUUAUGAUUAUAUAAGCCGAUUAUAUAUCCAAUGCAUUAAACGUUACUAUGGAAUGUAGUUUUUAUACGGUUUGUAGUUUGACAGGGUAAAUAGUUGAAUCACUGCCACGAUUUCACAGUACGGUUUGAAUAUGAGAUAAUGAACGUCGAAUAUAUCGUUAUUUAAUGCAGGAUAGUUUGUAAAGCCUGGUAUUCAUUGUAGGCGUUGUCUGACGGCAAUUUUAUGUCAUGUAUUUUUUUACAUAUGGACGUUUCCAAACUUAUCGCCCGAAGUUGCACGAUACUUGAGGUAACGUGUCUCAGAUAGUGCCACAGUGUAUACGAAGUUUUAUUGCUAUAUUAUUUA